AUGUUAGCAAAGUGCUUGGAAAUACAUCAGUACUGUACGGAUCAGGCAGGCACUGAACGAGGACCACCGGGACCGAUUGGGCCACCCGGACCACCAGGCAAUCCUGGUGUGCCUGGACCACCGGGACGAGAUGGUCUGAUGGGUAUGCCGGGGCCACCGGGUCCAGAAGGUGACAUUUUUUUUUUGUUUGGGGAAAUUUGCACUGGUUGA